UGUUCCUGUUGGCGGGGAAAAACACUUAUUAUAGCAACAAAAACCAAAUAUCAACCUCUUUGUAUGUGCUCAGAUAUCACAAAUUUUAUAAACAAGCCCGCUCCAAAUUGCCAGAUUGAAAUAUAUUUAUUGUCUUCCCGAUACCCCCAGAAACUUGAGAUGUUUUGAAGUUCAUGUAAUCGCUAUUGAAGACGUUUUACCCUUUUUUGAAGCUAGUUCUACUGUUCCAAGUUUAUUUAACCUGGAAAACAUUCACUCCAAACACAGUCUGCCAACGAAGAAAGCUACUCACACCCUUUCGACAUUUAUCCAGUUCACAUUUAGCCUUACCGGGAACACCCGCUCAUCGCUUCUAAAGCUUCGCUCCAUCUUCUUCUUUAAAGCUUCCUCUAAAGAAGAUCUAUUUCGCCUUCAGAACGAAUCUACUCCAUCUAGCCCAGUUCUAGCGGUCCCGUUAUCCGCAAGUCCAACGUUUCGAAUAACUACAACAUGCCUUCUUUAGUUGAUGAGGAGCCUAAGGCUUCUGGCAGAUUACUUCUAGUGUCCAACAGAUUACCUAUCACGAUUAAACGAGCGGAUGAUGGUCAAUAUAGUUUCUCUCAGUCUUCGGGUGGUUUGGUAACAGGUUUGAGUGGGCUGGCAAAGACUACUACAUUUCAGUGGUAUGGUUGGCCAGGUUUGGAAGUGCCAGACGCAGAGGCUAAACCUCUGGUUAAGAGACUGAAGGAUGAAUAUGGUGCUCACCCAGUUUUUGUCGACGAUGAAUUGGCCGAUAAGCAUUACAAUGGGUUUUCUAGUAUGUAUUUUCUGCCAGUUAUAGCUCGUUGAUGUGCAGGUACUAACAAUGUCUAUAGAUUCUAUCCUUUGGCCUCUGUUCCAUUAUCAUCCAGGAGAGAUUACAUUCGACGAAUCAUCAUGGGUUGCAUACAAGGAUGUCAACAGAUUGUUUGCGCAAACGAUUGCUAAGGAUGUACAAGAUGGUGAUUUGAUCUGGGUUCACGAUUAUCAUCUUAUGCUUCUCCCAGAAAUGUUACGCGAUGAAAUCGGCUCGACCAAGAAGAAUGUCAAGAUUGGCUUCUUCCUUCAUACACCUUUCCCUUCCAGUGAGAUAUACAGAAUCCUGCCUGUUAGAGAAUCUUUGUUGUUGAGCGUCCUUCAUUGUGAUUUGAUCGGAUUUCAUACAUACGAUUAUGCUAGACAUUUCCUUAGCAGUUGCUCUAGAAUUUUGUCAGUACAAAUGCUACCCUGCCCGCAUGGACUUCCGCUAACAAUGUGCAGGGAAACACAAACAACACCUAAUGGUGUCGAGUUCCGUGGUAAAUAUGUCACAGUAGCAGCUUUCCCUAUUGGUAUCGAUCCCGAGAAAUUCAUUGAAGCUCUUCAAAAGAAAUCGGUUGAAGAGCGUAUCGCUCAACUAGAGCGCAAAUUUGAAGGUGUCAAACUCAUUGUCGGAGUCGACAGACUAGAUUAUAUUAAGGGUGUCCCCCAAAAAUUACAUGCCCUUGAGGUUUUCCUUACCGAACACCCUGAAUGGAUCGGCAAAGUAGUUCUCGUUCAAGUCGCCGUCCCCUCUCGUCAAGACGUUGAAGAAUAUCAAAACUUACGCGCUGUCGUCAAUGAAUUGGUCGGCCGCAUCAACGGUCGUUUCGGUACCAUCGAAUUCAUGCCCAUUCAUUUCCUUCACCAAUCCGUCAGUUUUGAAGAACUCACCGCCUUGUACGCCGUCUCCGACGCAUGUCUCGUAUCCAGUACUCGCGAUGGCAUGAAUCUCGUUUCCUACGAAUACAUCGCCACACAGCGCAAACGUCACGGAGUAAUGAUCCUCUCCGAGUUCACCGGCGCAGCACAAUCUCUCAAUGGUGCUCUUAUCGUUAAUCCAUGGAAUACGGAAGAACUCGCCGAUGCCAUCCAUGAUGCAGUAACGAUGUCUCCUGAACAAAGAGAAAUCAAUUUCAAGAAAUUGGAAAAAUACGUCUUUAAAUAUACGAGCUCAUGGUGGGGUGAAAGUUUCGUCACUGAAUUGCAGAGGAUUAGUGAACAUGCUGCGAAAAAAGCAAGUAAUAAGGGUGUUGUUGGGAAAGUCCAGGAAUUGGUAGAUGGUGUCAAACAGUUUAAUUUGGGUGAGCAGAGAGAAGAUGGGAGAUUGGAACCGGGAGAAUUUGAUGAUUAGAUUUUGGUGUUGGGCGAGGGGCGAACCAUGAAUGAAGAAGGGAGAAGGAAGAGGAGAAAUAACAAGAUAAAAUAUCUCAAGGGAUGGACAUGGAUGGAUUAACACAACUCUCCUUAAUAUGAUAGAAGGAUAGAUACUAUGUCUCAUGCAUGCAUGUAUGAAAGGACAAUGGAAUGGUAUGGCUGGAUGGCUGGAUGGCUGGACGGAUGGGUAGGCGUAAAUCUUUGUAUUGUAUCUGCUUUGCUUUUGCUUAUGAUUAUGAUUAUGCUUAUGCUUGAUUGACGA